AUGACAGGUCGUCAAAAUGAAUACUUCAUUCCGGGCGAUGGAAUCAGCCGCGAGGUGAUCCAAGCAGAUAUCUGUCGCUAUCUGGGGAACGAUGCGCUCGUGCGACCCGGCAACCACGGUGGCCGCCAGGGAUUUUUCAUCCGUGCCUAUCGAAACCUCACAUCUGAGAUGAUCGCUGAUCUAAAAGCUGACUCCGCUCGUUGGGAGGCAGACGUGUCGCGGCGGGCUGACCUAGGCUAUCCGAGAGGUAGUUAUGUUCAAGAUAUGAACAUCUCUCACGCCCCUAACACUGUCCCAGCCAACUAUGCCACUUCGGCCAUCCAUGAGGUUCGCCAACAACAGGGGCCUUCCCCAACCACUUUCAGUGCUGCUCCCGCACAGCAAUACAUGGAUCCUUAUUCCCAGAGUCCGUACAGCGGAUCCCAGAAUGCCCCUUACAACAACAACCCUUCCUACAGCUCCACUCACUCGCCCUACGCUUCUGGCCAGGCUCCCUAUCCUCCGCCUCAGGUCUCCUACUCGGGCCCGUCCCAGCCCGUCGUGACGGCUGCUGACAUGCACCCUUCUUCUUAUACCUACUCGAACACUGGCUAUGGUUACGAGGGCGGUGGCGGCCGAAAUGCCCCCAGAUACCCAGGACCUGGUUAUGAUGCCGAGUCGGACUAUUCUCCCGUGACCUCCGGGAUGGCAUACCCUACCACUACUGCCCCGGAUCCCCGGAUAGGAAUGGAGCCGAGAUACACUCCGGAAUACGAGCGCAGUAGGCCGCAGCCAACCCGCGAAAGAGACCCCCAUCGUCGGCGGUAA